GUAUUUCUCUCCCUCUUGGGAGGUCUCGCCUCCGCUGAUAUUGUUGAUCGCGACCCCUUGGAGUAUUUCCCAUCUCCGCCUGGCACUUACGCCCCUCCCAAGGAUCCUAGUAUCAGAACAUUGUUAGAUGUUGUCAAAUCAAGGGAUGACCUAAGUAUACUGGCGGAAGUGCUAAGCGAAUGUGCUGGAUUUAUUGAAGCUUUCGAUGCGGCAGCUUCUUGGUCUUACACCUUUUUUGCUCCUUCGAACACGGCGUUCAAAAAUACGGGAGCAUACUACUCUACCUUUGCUGCUACCCCAAAGGGCAAAUGGUGGCUUGGAAAUCUACUUCAGCAUCAUUAUGUACCGAAUUCUAAACUCAUGGUCAAGAAUAUCAACACUACGUACACACGCUUUCAGACAGGGACUUUUCUAUUUGUUGGGGCGCAGGUUGUCGACGGGACCCUUGUCUUGAACAAGGUUUCCACCGUCACUGAGGCAGAUAUUCCAGCUACAAAUGUAAGACAAUCAUUUAUGGAGGGCAUCAUCCACAUCAUUGAUCACUUGUUGGAUCCGUCAGCGCAGGUAUUUGAGAUUGACCUGGCAAAAACAAGCCAGGGUUUCAUACCGGGAAGCUGUUCAAAUCCAGCCUUGCCAUACUGUUGA